UUCAUGGUCGUGCUGGUCAGCAACAUCUACGAAGGAGGUUUUUAUUCAUCAUGGUUUUGACAAUUUGACGUUUCUUACGUUAGAGUAUUUUUUUAUACCCCUAUAGUUUCUCUUUUAUUUGCUUGUAAAUUGUCCAUAAAAUGAGUGGUAAUUUCAGCGACGUUGUUCGUCUCGCCAAUCUCGACGAUUUUAUUACACCAUCUCAGCAAUGUAUAAAACCAGUGGAAAUAAAAAAAGAGCCUUCGGGCACAGGAUCUAAAAUUAAGAUAGAUGAUGAUGGUUCUUACUACAAUGUCAACAGUGCUGGAGAAAAAAGUAAGCUGGGAAGAGUUGAUAUUUCUUUGGCCGAUUGUUUAGCUUGUAGUGGAUGCAUUACAACUGCCGAAACUGUACUGAUCACGCAACAAAGCCAUGAAGAAAUGAUGAAGAUGUUCAAAAAUAAGGAUGAACUUGGGAUAAAGCAAAUUGUCGUUUCGAUACAAAUCCAACCCAUACUGUCUUUAGCAGCGGCGUACAAAUUGACUCCAAAUGACUGCCUUCAAAAGUUGACAGGCUUAUUGAAGCGCCUCGGUGCUGAUAUGGUUUUGGACAUGGGUUUGGCAGAAGAUCUUGCACUAGUGGAGGAACAAAAAGAAUUUAUUAACAGAUAUGAAAGGUAUUCAAAUGGUGACAAAACAGCAUUACCAAUGCUUGCUUCAACUUGCCCUGGUUGGGUUUGCUACGCUGAGAAAACUAAAUCUCAUUUACUUCCGCAUUUGAGCACUUGUAGGUCACCUCAGCAAAUCAUGGGGAGGCUUGUAAAAGGAUUUUUAUCAAAAUCCUUGGGCAUAAAGCUAUCUGAAAUAUAUCAUGUCACUAUCAUGCCUUGUUAUGACAAAAAGCUAGAGGCUUCAAGACAGCAGUUUCAGACAUCCGAUGUCAGAGAUGUUGAUUGCGUAGUCACCCCCGUGGAAGUUGCAACACUGUUCAAUGAUGAGAACAUAAUGCUCAACUUAGAGUCGAACAUGGAACCUGACUGGCCUUGGCAAAACGUUCUACCAUACCGAUAUCUAACAAGGCCCCAGGGGUCAAGCUCAGGGGGUUAUGCAUAUCAUGUUGCCGAAUUCACCUGUAGUCAUUUUAAUUUAAAUCAACCUUUAGAUUUCCGUCGGCCUAAUGCUCGGAGAAGUGAUGUUGAGACUGUAGAAAUCACUAACGGAGAAACGACUUUGAAAAUUGCUGUUGUUACUGGUUUCAAAAAUAUUCAAAACAUGGUUAAUAAAAUAAAGAGAGGCAACUGCGACUUCAGUUAUGUUGAAGUGAUGGCUUGUCCUUCAGGCUGUUUGAAUGGAGGUGCACAAAUCAAAAGCCAGUACAAAGAAGUUGAAUCUUUAUACCGAGAUCUUGAACAGAGGAAAAUAGGAGAACUUCAUGAUCUGUACGAAAAAAGUUUUAUAGGCGUAAAUUCUGAAGGAUGCAAUGAACAAUUGCACACCACAUUUGAAGCAGUUACCUACAACCCAAAUCCACUUAGCAUUAAAUGGUGAACUUUGUAAAUUAUGUAUUUCUUUUAGUGUAAAUAAACAUGUUUUAUUUAUUUAAUGAA